GGUGUGACGUCUGACGACGUUUAGUUUGCUUGUUUGUUUACAUCUUUUGUUUUGUAAAGUAUAAAUAGCUGUUAAGUAUUAAUUAAUGCUUGUCAAUUACAUGUGAAUGUAACAGUAUUCUAUCUACCACGUGUGGGUGGUAGAACUGCAUAGCUAAACGGGUGAAUACGAUACCUACGAUACUCGAGAGUUCCAGGAAAUAAAUUGUCGGAAUGUCUCCGCGGUGUGGGGUGUGUUUGGAGGACAAUGUGGAAGCGGAUCAUGAGCAAUCGCAGAAGCAUUUGAAGAACUUACUCUUGGACCAACUUGGGAAAAUUAACAAGCUUUACGCAGAGAACAGAAACAGCAUAGUGGUGUCCAGUACUGUGACCCCUGUAGCGUACAACGCAGCACCGCUUCACGUUGAUACUGAGCAAUCUGUACUCAAAGUAUCCGUAAAACCGCGUGAAGGGGUCAACUUUACAUUUAAAAUAAAGAACAACAAUGCCGAAGCCGACAUUAUCUUCAGAGGAAUCUCGAUUCCUAACAACAAGUUCAACUUCACUCUUCUCAGCGAAGACUUAAGUUUCGGUUCUGUAAGCUGCCGUAUACAUCCAAGGACAUUAAUGGAGGAGGAAGCAUGCGUGACCUUCGAGAACAGUGUCACCGGCGUGUACAAGCAGCCGGUGUACUUCAUAUUCAUCCACGCUGAUACCGAGGAGUACACAGUCAUCCUAAAAGAGAUGCUGGUAUUCGUGGAAGCCGUGAAGAGGAAGCAUGAGAAAGUGGACAGUCCGUACACGCUGCAGCCGGUGCUGGCUGACAAACUGGAGAGGACCACGGCACACAGAAAGGGAGAAGAUGACGUUUUCGUAAUACCAUCAAAAGCUUUGAAGAAAAUGUUCGCCCGAGACUUGAAGGUUGACAACGAAGAUGUUACCGAUGAGGAGAAAGCGCUAGUCGAUAAAGUCAAGGCUACUUUGGAAGCUGGACCGGAUGAAUUGAACUACAUACAGUUUUUCCAUAACUUACUUUGGUAUGAGGAAACUGUUAUUGGGGCUAAUUUGAAGAAUUACAAUAUGUCUGGCGUGGCGCUGAGACGCAGUCUAUCAGGGAAAUCGUAUUCGUUGCUUGUACCGGGUCUGGCCGAGAAGCGACCGUCACUAAUGCUAGGAGAUUUGGUGUACGUCAGACCACACAACAAAACUGAAGUGAUGUAUGAGGCCAUCAUCACUGACAUCCUAGACAACUACGCGCAAUUCAGCAAGAUAUCUGCUAAGUUCCACAAGCUCUACAAGAACGAUGCAAAGUUCGACAUUCGAUUCUGCAUGUCCCGCAUGCCUUUGGAGCGCAUGCAUGUGGCGGUGGACGACAUGCGGCGCGAGCAUAUGCUGACCAAGACCUUCCCGAGAGGCAACGAGCGCGUGCCUCCCAUCAGACGCAUCUCCAUCUUCUACAACCCGCUGAUCGCGAACAACCCGGAGCAACAUGCUGUUGUGGAACACAUCGUAGCUGGGAGCAGUGGCACUGCCCCUUAUUUGCUGCACGGGCCUCCUGGCACCGGCAAGACGGUCACCAUCGUCGAGGCCAUUCUGCAGCUGGCCAAGACCCGCACCAACCGGAUAUUAGUGUGCACGGAUUCCAACAUGGCGGCCGACCACGUGGCCACGUUGCUCAUCCAGUACGCGGACAAGUUUCCGGAGGAGGAGUUCCUGCUUCGCGCCAACUCCGAGUUCAGGGUUUGGGAAACUAUGCCAGCGAUCCUGGGCCCCUACUCGAAUGGCACGAGCCGCCAGUCCUGGACCAGAGUAACCAUCGCCAAGUUCAUGAGUUACAGCAUCGUCAUCACCACGCUUGUCCACGCCGCCAAGUUUGCUAAGGAGCUCAAGCAAAAGAAGCAUGAACGCGUGACCACGCACGUGUUCAUCGACGAGGCCGCGCAAGCCAGCGAGCCGGCCAGCCUCAUCCCGCUCUGCGGGCUCCUGAAGCCGGGCGGGGCUCUGGUCCUGGCCGGGGACCCGCAGCAGCUGGGCCCUGUCGUCAUCUCCCGGGAAGCCAGCAAGCUGGGGCUUGGUGUUUCCCUGAUGGAGCGCCUGAAGCGCGACUGCGCCCUCUACAGCGACGAGCGACGAGAUCCGAACUACAUCAUGAUGCUCAAGAAGAACUUCCGAUCGCACCGCGACAUCCUCAGCAUCCCUGACGAGCUCUUCUAUCACGGACAACUGGAGGCCAUGGCGCCAGUGGACUACAUCAGCAGCGUAGACAUCCUGGGAGAGAGAACAUCCAGCCGCGCCAUCGUGUUCUACGGCGUACCGUCCCAGGAACAGAGGAUCGGGAAGUCACCCAGUUUCUACAACGACUCGGAGCUAGAAGUGGUUCAGAGCCACAUUACAGCUCUUCUGGAGGUGCACCGCGUGGCUGAGGCGGAUAUAGGCGUUGUCACGCCCUAUAUUCGACAGGUAUAUAAAAUGAAACAGUGGCUGAAAGACCGUGAGCUGAACAUUGAAGUGGGCACCGUGGAAGGCUUCCAAGGCAAGGAGAAGCGCAUCAUCCUCGUGUCUACUGUGCGGGCCAAGUGCGAGCUGCUGGCACACGAUGCCAAGUUCCGACUGGGCUUCCUUGUCGACGCCAAGCGCUUCAACGUCGCCCUAACUCGCGCCAAAGCGAAACUGAUCGUCAUCGGCAACCCCGCCUGCCUCCAGAAAGACGCCAAAUGGCACCGCUACAUAACCAAGUGCCGCGAGCUCGGCACGUACUGCGGUUCCGAUUUGGGAGAGACGGAAGCUGGUGAAACUGAGGCUAUAGACCAGAUCACGCAGAUUCUGCGGCUGACGAAGGCGCUAGAGAAUAUUAGGGUGUAAAUGCAGAACAUAUACUCCGGCAAACCCACAGUCAGUAGAAAAAAGUAAAAAUUUUAUAUUUUGUACUUUGUAUGGUUCGUGCCUACAUUUUUUAAAUAUGCCGUCUUUUGACGUCUACUGACGAGUUGGCUUGCCAAAAGGCUUGGAAAAAAUUAACUGGAACAAAUCGCGUUCGGAUUUUUUGUACAAGACAAUAAAAAUAUCGGAAAUGACAUCUAGCAAGUCGCUAAGUUUAAAAUAAGAACGAGGUUAUCGCACUUGACUGAACGCUUUAACCUUAUAUCAUUUAUAUGCUAAUAUAGC